AUGUCGUUCGGUUCAUGUGGUGGUGGUGCUAGACAGGGGAGCGGUGGUGGAAGACAGGGAAGCAGUGGUGGAACACAGAUGAGUAGGAAUAGAGAGCUCAAGGAGAAGAAACCAGAGCCGCCGAAGAAGAUGGAUACCGACACCAAAACUGUAGCAGAAGGAUCCAAACAAAAACCAGCAAAGAAGCGAGAAGAAAAAGCAAUCAGGGCUGAUGAAACCCAUAGUGAUGAAUCAGAAGAAGAAACCCUUGAGGAUGAAAUAUCAAAACCUAAAUCAGCAAAGAAAAGAGAAGAAGAAGCAUCGAAAAGGGCUAUUGCUUCUGAAAUCAAAAGAUUAGCAGAGUUGGAAGCAAAAGAAUUAGAAAAAGCUGCAAAAAAAUCUGUCGUCACCAAAGUAACCGAAGCUGAAUUACAGAAACGUCGUGAAGCGGAAGAAAGUAAGACAAAGAAGAAACAAAAUCGUACUGCUGCUGAAGAAGAAUACGAAAGGAUGGUUCUUGUUAGGAAUACGAAUCGUGAUGAGACUGUUAUUCAAGCAAAUUCCAUUGAAGAUGCUAUUGCUACAAUCGGUUUUACUAAUAAACGACGCAAUGCUGCUUCCAAUUCUGUUUCAUGCUAUUAG